AUGAAAAUAGAUAUCUUUCCAGUUGGCAGAUCCCUUGAUUCAGCGUUGAAGAAAAACACCGCUUUCAUCAAGCGUCUACGCACCGGAGUUAAUGCUUCCGCCCAGCAGACCUUCCUGGCCGAUAUCCGCACUCUGUCGCUCCAUAAAUAUCUCUCAGAAAUUAUAUCCGCUUGCUAUGAAGGGCUUUGUAAAUUGAAAUCGCCUGGGGAAAUUGCCACAGGCGUGGAAAUCACGAGCGCACUGCACCAGAGGUUCGGACCGGCCGAGUUCACGAGACAAAUUGGAUGGCUACUGGGUCGAGGACUUAGCACACCGGACAAGGGACAGUUGAAAGCGCUCAGCCAGGAGGUGCGCGAACGCGAAGAAAAGGAACGGUUAUCCCGACAUCGAGUUUUGCUGAGAGUGGUUACGGAACUCUGGUUGGUUGGUGUACUCAGGACGCUGGACGAUAUCGAACGACCGGAGGAUUUGGGUGCCAAGGGCAAAGAGGGUGUCGUUGGGAUAGGUGGAAAGGCGUCAGAAAACCCAGUCAAAGCCAAGGCCCCGUCGGCCGUCCGAGACAGUGAUAAGGAAGCAGAGCCGUUUCCCCUGGAAGUGUUGAAGGACCUAUUGGGCCAUGACCGUGACCACACCAAUCUGCCACUCGCCGUUUUGUUUGUCAAGAGCUUCAGUUGGGAUAUUCUCGGAGCGAAGACUGUCGACGAAGGAAGGAAAACCGUAGAGGCUGAUGGAGCGACGACCCCUGCGGAGGCCACGAAUGGCGAGGAGGGCGCGGGAGAUGUGACGGCAGCUGAAAAUGACCCUCCUCUCACCCCAGAGAAGACACAGGCUCGCUUCAAGAGCAUCCUGAAUCGGUACCUGGAAGACGUCAAGGCGCAUGUGGUUCGUGACCAAAGAGCACUGGCAGCCCAGAGUCGCCGUAACGCUGAGGCUUAUGUCAAGAGUGGUGAAAUCUUUGAGGACCGCCAGGCCAACUUUGAGAAACAAAGCAAAUCUUUGGAAAAGUUGGUUGCCAACACGCAGGUCUUGUGUGAGGCAUUAGGAGCGGAAAUGCCCGCAUUAGCUGAGCAGGAAUCUGCCGACCCUGCGUCAAGUGGAGGCAUCGGGCUUGUGAAAACGUCUGAGUACCUACGCGGCCAGGGUGAAGGUGCCGGUAUCUGGGAAGACGAAGAAGAGAGGCGCUUUUAUGAGAACUUGGUUGACCUCAAAGGCAAGGUUCCAGCCGUUCUCCUGGAGGACGGUAAGAAGAAGAAGACCGACUCCGAUGAAGCAGGGAAAAAGAAAGACGGUGAGGAUUCGGACAAGUCUGAACCGGCCCCGGCCCAGACAUCAGAAGACAGGGCUACUGCGGAUGCAGACGAUCAGUCUAUGGCCAUUGCAAGCAAAACUGUGGGAGCCCAAGUCGAUGCGCUGUUGGCUAAGCUCCCCGAUUUGCAGACGAAGGAUCACGUUGAUCAGUUAGCUCUCGACUUCUGCUUUCUCAACUCCAAAGCAUCUAGAAACAGGCUCAUUAAGGCUGUGUCGGAUGUGCCAAAGGGGCGUAUCGAUCUUUUACCCUUGUACUCGCGCCUGGUGGCCACUCUCGGGCAGUAUUUACCAGAUAUACCGCAGGGAUUGAUUACUUAUCUGGACGAAGAGUUCCGAAGCCUUCAACGCCGCAAGUCCAAAGAGUUUCUGGGGCAGGUUCGUAUGAGCAAUGUGCGCUAUCUCGCAGAGUUGACCAAGUUCGGAGUGGUCCCGGAGCAUAUUAUUUUCCACUGUUUCAAGGUCUCACUUGACGACUUCUCACGAAUGAAUAUUGAAAUCAUUGGUUAUCUCUUAGAGAACUGUGGACGGUAUCUGCUUCGCAACCCCGAGACUUCCCCCCGAAUGGCCUCAUUUUUGGAAACUCUUGGGAGAAAGAAAACUGUUCAGCAUCUGGGUCAACAAGAACGAAUGAUCAUUGAAAAUGCGGUUUACUACGUUGAUCCUCCACCCCGGCCUGCCAUUCAACAGAAAGAGCGUACUCCUAUGGAGUCUUACAUCAGGAGGCUUAUCUAUUUGGAUAUGAACAAGCGCAAUUAUACCAGGAUAUUGAAGUCAAUUCGGAAACUACAUUGGGAGGAACAAGAAGUUGUUGAUAUUAUAGAGCGUGUAUUCAGCAAACCCGUGAAGGUGAAAUAUGGCAAUAUCCACCUUCUAGCGAUCUUGGUCAGCGCUCUGUACAGAUAUCACCAGGAUUUUGUUAUUGGCAUCGUCGACAACGUCCUCGAGCAAAUCACAUUGGGCCUUGAGCAGAACGACUUCAAGUUCAACCAGAAGCGCGUCGCCGAAGUCAAGUACCUCGGAGAGUUGUAUAACUACAAAAUGAUCGACUCUCCUGUUAUCUUUGAUACCUUGUACAGGAUUGUUACUUUUGGUCAUGAGGGUGGCACACCGGUCCCGGGGAAACUGAACCCGUUAGAUUUACCAGAUGACUUUUUCCGAGUUCGCUUGGUUUGCACUCUCCUGGAUACCUGUGGUCACUGCUUUGACCGUGGCUCUGCUAAAAAGAAGUUGGACUUCUUCUUGACGUUCUUCCAGUACUACAUGACGACAAAAGAUCCACUGCCCAUGGACAUCGACUUCCUUGUCCAAGAUACAUUCUCUAUGACUCGUCCUCAGUGGAAGUUAGUCACCGACCUGGAAGAGGCCACCCGUAUCUUCGGCGAGGCUGUAGCUCAGAACUACAAAACACAAGAUGCCGAGAGGCCUGUAGAGCCAGAUGAUGACGAUGCGGAAAGUAGCUCAUCUGAUGACGGCUUCGAGGAUGAUGUCAUGCCCGAGGUGGACGAGGACGGGGAGUCCAGCGACGAAGCUGAGGCAUCGGGGCCCAAUGCCGAACAAAACGGUGAUAGUGACUCUGAAGACGAACAAAUCUUCGUUACACGCCAAGAGGAGGAACGAGAUCCUGAAGCCGAAGCCGAGUUCGAUCGUGAGUUUGAAAAGAUGAUGGCAGAGAGCAUGGAUUCCCGAAAGUUCGAGCGUAAGGGUGUAUUCGAUAUACCUCUUCCCAUGAAACGAGCUCCUCGGGAUGCGGCAGGUGAAAGUGCCCCUGAGAUUAGCCAGCCGCAACCGCAACCGAAGCCCCAGCCCCAGCCCAGUACGAUGGCUUUCUCCUUGAUGACCAAAAAGGGCAACAAGCAACAGACUCGUACUAUCGACCUGCCGUCUGAUUCUAGUUUUGCAGUUGCCAUGAGAAGUCAACAGCAAGCUGAUCGAGAAGAACAACAACGGAUCAAGAACCUGGUGCUUAAUUAUGAGAUGUCCAAUGAGGCGGAAACUGCCGAGGCACUCGAGAAACGUUCCCCUCGCGACUCCAGAGUCGAUAAGUCUGGUGGCAAUCGGACGGCAUUUCGUUCUCGCAAGUUGCAGCUGAGCGACGUGAACUGGUAA